AUGGAAGGCUUCAAUUUGGACCGGAAAGGCUCCGCGACCUCGUUCAGCGCACCGUCCGCCAACGACGAUGGAGAGGAUGCAGAAGAGCUCAGACUCUUCAAGCUUCGAUAUCGCCUCUUUGGUUUUUUGUGCUUGCAUUGUUUCGCUUAUGUUGCAGAAUUUGGGGCCAUUCUGGAUUUUGCCAUCGGUGGGAACUUCAAAUUGCUCUUCUCGAUGAGCGUGCCGUUGGUCCUCUCAGGCCUCUUGUGCACGCACGCCGCAUGGAACGCUGAGCCGACACAGCUCACCUGGUGGUGGGGCUUGCCCUUGCGCUCCCAGUCGCCACUCGUGAGAUGGACCCUUUGGGCACCUUUGGGUUUCCUGCAGGGUGUGAUCAUCUUGCUGGCGUGGGAUCAGUACUUGGAGCGCAAGAACCAUGUGGAUAACAGAACGAAAGACAAGGACAUGUGGAACCGCUAUCACUGCAAAGCAGUGGCCUCGCUUUGCGAAGGGCUCCCAGCCUUGUCCGUUGUGGUCUAUACCUCCUGGAACAUGAACUAUCCAGAGGAUGCACCAACCUUGAGAAUGUUCUGGCCCUACGAGCAACACUUCCUAAGUGUGGUCGGGCUUUGCUUAUUUAUCUCCUCGGGCUUUGGCAUUGUCGAGCUGGACUUCUGCUGUUCGAAAACGGUGUCACAGAGGAUGAAGAAGUCCGUGCUCUAUGAGGUUAUUCAUCACACCUUCCGCAGCUGCGAGGUCACGUGCCGCACCAUGAUGCACGUGAGCUUUUGUGUGAUCACCAAGCGCUUGGUGAACUGGUGGUGGUGCCCCUUCGUCUUCAUGAACCUCGUGCUCCCCAAUCUGAUGGUAUUGGUGUAUGGUGGGGACGAGAGCUCACGCUUGGUGCGCUUCGUGUGUUGCCUACCUUGCGCUUGGGUGAAUAUCUUCAUGUUUGUGGACUCACCCUACAAGCGCCGCGCUGCCCGGAUCAUCAGCUUUUGGUAUGACAUCCGGUUCGCAUUGGAGAUCUUCCUACUUCCGGCGUUGGCUUGUGCUGCAGCUGUCUGGGUACAUGGUUUCCAAGGAGAUACUUUGUCUAUGAUCCUCCUUCAUCCUUUUCAACUUCAUCCAGGUUUGUGUGGCUUUGGGAUUUUCUGUAUUCUGAUGUACCUGACCCUGCGGAUGUAUGUGCGGGUCUCUGUGUCAAGGCAGAUGGAUGCCAUCGAUAUCUACACUCCCUGUGAGCAGGGUCAGAAGGAGGUGGUCCAGGAGGUCAUGGUCACCUUGGGCGCAGAGGUGCGAGAGCUCACGAGGAGUGCCUCUGCCGACAUCGAUCUCAACAGGGCAGAUGUGGAUGGCCUCACGCCUUUAAUGAUGGCUUGCCGAAGGGGGCACACGGAGGUGUGCGAGCUCCUGGUGCAGCGGGGCGCCUUUGUAAGCAUCGUGCACAAGGGCGAGCCCGGUAUCCGGAACUGGUCGAUCGCCUGCUGGCGUGGUUGGACUGCCCUCCACAUGGCUGCCCGGCACAACCAUCACAGGAUCAUCCGCAUCUUUGCCAACAAUGGUGCCUCCCAAGAGGACAGCCAGUACUUAGAUGCCAAGUCCGAGACGCCGCUGCACGUGGCCGCGUGGGCGGGUGCCUUCGAGGCUGCCAAGGAGUUGGUCCAGCACUGGCCCCAGUGGCUGUCGGCCGAGAACAAGCACAAGAAGAACCCCCAAGAUUUGGCGCAGAAUCAUCGGCUGAAGCAGCUCUUAAAGCCGUCCAGCUCGUGGUUCCACAACGCCGAGGAGGGCACCACCUCUGACAUGGGCUCCUACCGGCCGCAGGUGAGCUCGCAUCGCACGUCCUCCAGCAUCGAAGUGUGGCUCUCGGUGCCGCUGCACAUCUCCCGCAAGCGUGUGCACCUGCGGGCGCCCGGGCUGUGCUCCUACGUGGCCGCCAGCUGCGGAGGCGCCUUGGGACGCUUGUGCCUCAUCACGGGUGACGAAGAAGCCGAUCAGAACGAGGAGCUGCAGCUAAGCGAUUUGGUGCCCAUUGACAGGAUGGGGAACCAAGUGCCUUUCAACCAGGCGAUCAUUGGGGAGGGCGCCUUUGGACAGGUCUUCCGGGCGAGACAUCGGCGAAGAGAGACCUUGUAUGCCGUGAAGGUCUUCAAGACCCAACGCUCCCAGCGGGGCGUGUCGCCGGAAGUGGCCCGGGAGUGCGAGGUGGGAACGCAUGUGCGACAAACCCCGCAUCCCUGCAUUGUGAAGCUUCACAUGGUCACCUUCGAUGAAGACUUGGGGCUCUACACGCUGGUGAUGGAGUUUUGCCCCAGCAACCUCUUUCAGCAAGUGCAUACGGCAAAUCUGGAAGCUCUGUCCAAGUCGACGCAUUAUAAGCCCAUGCCGCAAACUCUCGAUUGGCUUGGCCAGGUCUUCCUAGGCCUCGAACACAUGCAUCAUCGCCUGAACAUGCUCUUUCGGGAUUUGAAGCCUGCGAACGUGAUCCUGGACAGCGCCUUGUGCGCCAAGCUGGCGGACUUCGGCUCGGGGCGCAUGGGCCCCAGCGCUGGGGCCUACUCUUUCGGUCAUCCCGCGGGAACGAUGGGCUACUGCGCGCCCGAGGUGCUGGGCGGAAUGCCCCAUGAUGAGACGGCUGACUUGUAUUCCUUGGGUGUUUUGACUUGGCUUCUCUUCACGGGUGGGAUGCCUGGCACGCAGCCACCAGUGCAGCCGCGCCCCGAGGUCCACCAACAUCUCUAUGACUGGAUGUUGUUGCGGAAGUGCGUGGAGGACAACCUUCCGGCCUUCCGGUCGGUGGAGGGCGCGGAGCCGGAGGACGCCCGCAACUGCGUGCACCUCUUCGUGCAGCCGCCCGACCGGAGGAUGAGGCACAAGGAGCUGCGGGCACACCCUCUCUUCCAGAGCCUGAAGCUGCCAAGCUAUGAAGCCGGACCCACACAGGUGGAAACCUGGCUGGACGAACGGGGUUUCUUGAAGCGGCAGCGCUGA